UAUUGGAGCGUGUGUUGAUACUUAGAUAUUUCAUAUACAGACGUAGUUAAACUGCGUGUCUUAACUGUUAUUGAACGGAAGCUAUGCAAGUCGGAGGGAAGACAGUUUCUGACAAAUUUUCAUGUUUCCUUUGCAAAGAUCAUGGAAAAGACACGCCAGCUGUCGGAUUUUGCAUUCAGUGUGGUGAUUUUAUUUGUCAUAAGUGCUUUGAUAAUCAUAAAAAAUGGAAGCUCGCUAGAAAGCAUAUUCUUACAGACAGUGACAAACAUAAACAAACGAAAGGAAAUUAUGAAUGUAGUGAUGACUUCGACGUAUGUGCUAAACAUGACAACGAAACCAUAAAGUUUUAUUGCCCAUCUCACGAAUUUGUCGGCUGUGGAGAUUGCAUGGUUUUAGAACACAAACCAUGUGCAGUGGAGUACGUACGUAAUAAAGCAAAAGUAUUCAAGGACAGUCAAGAAUUUAAGCAGCUAGUUGAAGGUAUCAGUAAAAAUCUAGAAGAUGUAAACUUGCUUGAAUCUUCUGUCAAACUUAAUAAGACACAAAUUAAAGACAUAAAUGACAAGUUCAUUGAGGAUGUGGAGACGUUUAAAGAUGAAAUCAUUGCGAAUGUUAAGAAACAAUCUGAUGAAAUAAUUAAAGAGGCAGAAAAUAUAAAGGCGGAGAACACGAAACAAAUGGAUGUUCUUGAGGAAAAAUGUGGACGUGUUUCAAAAGACUUAGCUUCUCUGACACAGAAAGUAGAUCUGUUGAGUGAUAAACCAAAUAAGUUGUUUGUAAGUUCUUUACAACUUAAGGAAACAAUGAAGGACAUUGAUGAUCAACUGGAAGAAAUGAAUAAAAGGAAUGUAAUUGAAAAUUAUCACUUCAUACGAGACGGUCAGAUAGAAUGCACAAAACUUGGAAGUUUGCAUAAAGAUGACAAAUUAGGUAAAGAAGAGGCAUGCAAGAAUGAACAAAUUAUCCAAGAGGCAGACGUCAUGGAAAAUAUGUGCAAUGAUAUGUCCGAGGCCAAAUACCAACCUCAAUGUUUCAAGCCCCAGAACUAUCAGCCACACCCAUAUGGAAGUCAGUAUGGAGGCAGAGGUGGCUAUGGAGUUUACGGUGGUUACGACUAUUACCAACAAUGGCCUGGUUACUCCAGUGGUGAUGGCCGUGGCGGCCCAUACAGAGGGGGGAAACAUUAGAAUCUUGCGCCCAGAUAAAGACAACGCUAUCAAGUAUGUCAGAACUGCAUACUAACCCGAAGUGCUGUGUUUGCCAUUUGGAACUAAAUCAGUGGUCGUCUGGAUAUCAGCAGUAUCAAUAUCAGGAGGGAUGGCUCUCAUGCAGUAACUGCAGUUCCACAGUUCAUGUCCAUUGUGUCACUAACUUGAACUACGAUCGCUUUUGUCCAGUGUGCUUACAUUUCUUGUAAAAGUAUGUGUGGAAAUUAUUCAGAAUAGAAUAUUCCGAAAGUCUUUAAUGUCGCAUUUUAUCAUAAUUUGUUCAUUUAUUGGAUAUUGUGACUUGUUAUUGUCAAUAAAAACGUUAUCCCAUA